AUGAUACUACUGAAGCAGGAACAUGCAAAGCUUGCAGCUGCAUCCAGCAAAGACGUCGUACGCAGAAGCUCAAGCAGCGAUGAAUCAGAACUUGUUCUUGUAGGUGCCGCGGUUGCAUCUGCAGAUUUAGCCUCUCAGAUUUCACAAGUGAAGUCAAAAGAGGGUUUGAAAAAGUGCACAGCUUGUCGUAAGUGUGUGGGAUUAACGGGGUUUAGUUGCAAAUGUGGUGAUCUUUUCUGCGCAGUUCAUCAUUAUUGA